CCAGCUCACUCUUCCCCUCUCUCCUCCCCCCAUCGACCUCCCCAUCAGCUCCAACCCUUCCACAACUCCAGGAGAAUCUCGUUCUCACCUCAGCCGCACCUCUCUCGUUGGCCUCCUCGUCGACGAGACUGUGCAGCGUGAUACCCCUCAAAUUCCGAUACGUCACCUCGUCAGCCUCGGUCGAGCUGUCACCCGCCAUGGCUACCAACGUUCCCGUUACGCUGGACACGCUGAUCACCAUCAAGAUCCUCUUCCAGGGGCAUAAUAAGAAGUUCAAGAUCCCUCUGCGGGAUCUGGGAGCCCAAGUGCUUCCCGACAAGCUCCGAGCCCUGCUGCUCAUCCCCCAGAACGAAGAGGUCGUGUUUGAGCGAUACUCCGAUAGUGCCGGCGCCUACGUCACCUUGGACUCGGAUAAGCCCCAGGUCUACAAGACGCUGUUCCGUGCUGCAAAGGCUAAGCUCAAGCUUCGUCUGCGGGCCACGCUUCCAGAUGAUGAGAGCGAGCCCGCCUCUGAGCCGCUCCCGCCACCUGUCCAAGAGCCGCUUCCCACCACCCAGCCCAGCUCGCUCCACCGCAUGAGCGCGGACACUCUGUCCCCACAAGACCCUCCUCAGGCUUCGCCAGUCAUCGCACACUCCCCAAUGGCCUCUCGUGUACUGAUGUCAACGUACGAGACCAGCCCCGCUGGCUCUACUAGUCGAUUCAGCCUGGCCUCCCCGUUGAUGGCGAACAAGCCGGAUGCUGAAGGUGAAGCGCCUGUGCCUCAUCCAUUCCCUGCACGCGAGAGGUUCUUCAACGGCCUUGCAAACGCCUCUCAGGAUAACGACCUCGUCUUCCGCCCCAAAGCUACCUCACCGCAGUGCUCCUGGGUCGUAUUCUGCAACAACUGCAACCAGCCCAUGGAGAAUGAGCAUUUCCACUGCAGCAUAUGCGACCAUGGCGAUUACGAUCUCUGCCCUUCAUGCGUUGAUGGCGGCAUCCAUUGCCCUGGAACUGGACACUGGAUGGUCAAGCGCUUUGUGAAGAAUGGCUGCGUCGUCAACAGCACCACAGAGCGUGUUGGCCCGAAACCAAGAGCCCCGACCGAACCAGAAAUGCCGGGCGCUUUCACAGACGAGAAACAGCCUUCAGUGUGUUACCACGAAGAGCCAACACGUACCUGCAACAGUUGCGUGAAAGUUCUCCCCGAGAAGGAGUUCGUGACUUGCACUAUCUGCGACGACUAUGACUUGUGCAUGGACUGCCACAUCAUUAACAAACAUGGUCACCAUCCUGGCCAUCCCUUUAAGGGUGCAACAGGGGAGACGACUCUUACAGCUCUGGCAGACUUCCUCUGCAAUGCCGGCAGGAAUGUGCGUCAUUCCGCCGUCUGUGAUGGAUGCGAGAAGUUCAUCUAUGGCGUUCGCCACAAGUGCCUCAACUGCCCUGACUGGGACUUCUGUUCCGAGUGCAUGAAGAGCGCCAAGUACAUUCAUCCUCGCCACAGGUUCGUGCCCAUCUACGAGCCCUUAGCCGAACCAGUUACCUGUGCCGUGCGUCAUUAUGGCAUCUACUGCGAUGGGCCACUUUGCAAGGACAAGGAAAACCUCUCGUACAUCGAGGGUGUUCGUUACAAGUGCGCUGUAUGCCACGACACCGACUUCUGUGCCAACUGUGAGGCCAUCCCCAGCAAUAGGCACAACCGCACCCAUCCCUUGAUUAAGUUCAAGACACCUGUCCGCAACGUGACCGUCACAACCAUGAACGAGGACAAAAACGGUGUACCCACAGCGAGAUUGGGCGAUCAGCCCGCCCGGAAGUCUACUGCAACAGAGACUACCCCAGUUGCCCCAUCGGCGAACGCUGCUACCCAGGUCCAAACCAUCGUUGAUAUGAAGCCUACUGAGGAGCCGCAACCUAAGCCAACCAAGGAGAAGAUUGAGAUCCGUGAUCUCCUUACUGAGCCAGUUCAGGAAAAGAUCAAGAUCAAAGAUCUCCUUGAUGGAUCAGUUCCAGAGGUCUCCCCUGCCAAGCCUUCUGAGGAGCUGGAUGCUCACUUUAUCCGCGAUACCAUCACUGACGGAACCAAAGUGUUCGCUGGCUUCCAGUUCGUUCAAGUCUGGACUCUGCGCAAUCCCGGUCCAAAGGCCUGGCCUGCGGGCUGCAGCGUUCGACAUGUCGGUGGUGACCACAUGCUCAAUAUUGACAACACCCAGCCCUUGAGUCAGAGCGAGCUCGCUGAUGCUAGUGAGAGUAAUGCCAUUGGCCGCCCUGUCGAGCCUGGAGAGGAAAUCUCUUUCCGCAUUGUCAUGAAGGCACCCAAGCGCGAGGGAACCGCCAUCUCCUACUGGCGUCUCAAGACUGCUGACGGAACUCCAUUUGGUCACAGGCUCUGGUGUGAUAUCCAGGUCAUUCCCCCUCCAAUCCCCGUUACCCUUCCUGCCGCCCAGCCUGUCACUACCGUCACCGCAUCAAGUGAGACUGCGGAAACGACCGGCUCAUCGUCCAAUGCUCCUACUAUGACUGCUUACGAGCGCUUCCAACAAGCGAAGCUUGAGAGACUCAGGGCAGCGAGGGCUCAAUACAAAGCUCGACACGAUGAGAAGGUUGCUGAGGAAAUGCGAUCACAAGAUGAUGUCACACAGCGAACUGCCCGUCUCCAGGAGGAAGCUCUCGAGAGGCUCCGAAAGAUGAAGCUUCACUUGGACGAGAAGGAGUUCCAGUCACGAGUCUUCGAGAAAGCAUCUGCGAAAGCCGAGCGAGAGAAGAUGGCUCGCAUUCAGAAGGUCCGAAGGGCAGCUGUAGAGCGCCUGCUCGAAGCUCGACGCAAGGAACAAGAGAAUUCUGCCGCUGCCUACCACGAAAAGAUGCCCGAACUCGAGCCAGCUCCCGAGCUCCCUACCAAGCAGGAGACUGCAGAAUUGCCCGUAGAAGAGAAGCCACUCGAGAUUCAGACACCGCGCGAACCAGAACCCCAGGUCUCUGGGAUGAUCUUCCCGCAGCUUGAGAAGGAGUCCCCAUCAUCUAGCACUCAUGAGGCUGUAGAUGCCAAGUCAGAGCCACAGCAGAUCAAGCCCGAGAGUGCCGUCAUUGCCGCUCUUUCUGAGCAGUCUGAUGCUGAUGAGUCGUUUGAGGACGCCGAGAGUGUUGAUAUCCGUUCAAUCUCCAGUGAUGAUGAAGGCUUCAUGACUGACGAGGAGUAUGACAUCCUCAACGCGAGCGACGAAGAGAUGCCAUGAGUAAACUCGUGAGAUCACCAGUCAUAGAUUGGUUAAGGCGGAAAACGGGAGAAGACUUGGUUGUACUCAAAAUCACCGUCGCCUUCGGUUGGCGCCAAGAUUAUGGCCGACACUGCGCUGGACGAGAACAUGCAGUGCAUAUCAUCUUGGCGUCUCUAGGUAUUGGUUUGGAAUCUUUUAACCUAUGUGUUUAUUCUUUACCUGCUAGCUUGGACUGGGUUUCAGGGACACUCCACUAUGAGCAAGGACACACUCAUUUACAUAGUAGAUGCAACGCAUCUAUCCACACUCCUUUCGACUAGGGCGCUAGCUGGCGCUCCUGGCUUUGUGGCUGGCUUUGGACAAUCGUAAUGGGAAUGCUCUGGAACUGGUUUCUCGUCUUUUGCUUCCUUCCCUUCCAUAGUGUUCAGUAUGCAAUGAGAAUCUCCUUUUCAG